GCUGUUAUGGCUCUAUAAAUACCUUUGGACCAGAGGGAGAGACACACAGAGGUAGGUGACACCAUGGGACACCUGUCGCUGGUCGUCGUGGGCCUGACCUGCUGCCUAGCAGCAGUCAGUGCUGCAAAGCUGGGUGCUGUGUACACGGAAGGAGGCUUCGUGGAAGGGGUCAACAAGAAGCUUGGCCUCUUUGGCGACUAUGUGGACAUCUUCAAGGGCAUCCCCUUUGCUGCUCCCCCCAAGGCCCUGGAGAACCCCCAGCCACACCCUGGCUGGCAAGGAACCCUCAAGGCUAAGGACUUCAAAAAGCGAUGCCUGCAGGCCACUGUCACCCAGGAUGACACCUAUGGGGCGGAAGACUGUCUCUACUUGAACAUCUGGGUCCCUCAGGGCAAGAGGGAAGUCUCCCGGAACCUGCCCGUCAUGAUCUGGAUCUAUGGAGGUGCCUUUCUCAUGGGCUCAGGCCAAGGUGCCAACUUCCUCAAAAACUACCUGUAUGACGGGGAGGAGAUCGCCACGCGGGGCAAUGUCAUCGUGGUCACCUUCAACUACCGUGUCGGCCCCCUGGGCUUCCUCAGCACUGGAGAUGCCAACCUGCCAGGCAACUAUGGGCUUCGGGAUCAGCACAUGGCCAUCGCUUGGGUGAAGAGGAACAUCGCUGCCUUUGGGGGGGACCCUAACAACAUCACCAUCUUUGGGGAAUCAGCUGGAGCAGCCAGUGUCUCCCUGCAGACCCUCUCUCCCUACAACAAGGGCCUCAUCCGCCGAGCCAUCAGCCAGAGUGGUGUGGCUCUCAGCCCCUGGGCCAUCCAGAAGAACCCCCUCUUCUGGGCCAAAAAGAUUGCUGAAAAGGUGGGCUGCCCUGUGGAUGACACUGCCAGGUUGGCCAAGUGUCUGAAGGUUACUGACCCUCGUGCCCUGACGAUGGCCUACAAGAUGCCCCUGGCUGGCAUGGAGUACCCCAUGUUGUAUUACCUGGGCUUCCUCCCUGUGGUUGAUGGAGACUUCAUCCCCGAUGAGCCCAUCAACCUGUAUGCCAAUGCUGCCGACAUCGACUACAUGGCAGGAACCAAUGACAUGGACGGUCAUGUGUUUUCCUCGAUUGACAUGCCAGCUGUUGACAAAGAUAAGCAGACUGUCACAGAUGAGGACUUCUACAAGCUUGUCAAAGGGCUCACAUUCACCAAGGGGCUUCAGGGUGCCCAGGCCACCUAUGACAUGUACACUGAGUCCUGGGCCCAAGACUCAUCCCAGGAGGCCAGGAAGAAGACUGUGGUGAACCUGGAGACAGAUAUCCUCUUCCUGAUGCCCACACAGACGGCACUGGCCCAGCACAAAUCCAAUGCCAAGAGUGCCAGGACCUACUCCUACUUGUUCUCCCACCCCACACGGAUGCCCAUCUACCCCAACUGGGUAGGGGCUGACCAUGCUGACGACCUCCAGUAUGUCUUUGGGAAGCCCUUUUCCUCUCCCUUGGGCUACCGAACUCAGGACAGAACUGUCUCCAAGGCCAUGAUAGCCUACUGGACCAACUUUGCCAGAACUGGGGACCCUAACAUGGGUCACUCUGCUGUGCCCACACAAUGGAUCCCCUACACUCUGGAGAACAGUGACUAUCUGGAGAUCAACAAGAAGAUUAAUGCCAACUCUGUGAAGCAGCACCUGAGGGCCAACUUCCUGCGCUACUGGACCCUGACCUACAAGCCUCUGCCCACAGUAACUGAUGAGGGAGCUCUCCCCUUACCUCCCUCAGGUGACUCUGAGGCUGCUCCUGUGCCCCCCUCAGGUGACUCUGAGGCUGCUCCUGUGCCCCCCUCAGGUGACUCUGAGGCUGCUCCUGUGCCCCCCUCAGGUGACUCUGAGGCUGCUCCUGUGCCCCCCUCAGGUGACUCUGAGGCUGCUCCUGUGCCCCCCUCAGGUGACUCUGAGGCUGCUCCCGUGCCUCCGGAAAUCUCUGAGGCAGUUCAUAUGCCUAUUGCCAUCGGUUUCUAAUACAUUUGGCCCCAUCCCAUGAGUCUACCUCUCCUCUGAGGUCUGUCUGAAUAAAGCUUCAUCUCUUA